AUGAAUAAAAAAAGACCUGCAAAGCGAGACGAGAAGGUGGAAACCAAGCCAAAAAUAAGGAUCCACAAACCUGAAAAGAAAAAAGAUCUAAAUAAAGUGACUUUAGAGGUUAGUCAGCCUACUGAAAUUGCAGAAACAGAUACAGCACAAGAAGAAGAAAUGGCUUUAACUUCUCCAAUAACUACUAAGUCUGAGGCGGUGACUCCUGGCAUUUCAGUACACGAAGAACAAUUUUCAGAUUCUUCUGAACACCAUGUAACUGAGUAUAUGGUUUCUGAAGAAUCAGAUUUCCAGGAAGAGAAGGAUGAAAAGGAGCAAAAAGAAGAAAAGAAGAAAAUACCUAAUUAUCUGAGGAAAGAUUUUGGGAACCGUAUUCGAUAUGAUCCAACAGUGCCAAAGGAUGACAAUGCCGUAAGACAUAUUUUAAGACUAAGAGAGAAGCUGAAUUGGAAAACUGAGUUUACAGCACGUGGGUUUGGCAUAAAAAAACCUAAAGAGACCCAUCUGAAGACUCCAUUUAUGGAAUCAGGACAGAUUGAAGAUGAUGGAGAGUAUGUAUAUGGACUUCUCAGAAAUAGAAACAAUUGCAGAGCUCUUUAUAACCCAUAUGAUAUUCAAGUAGUUUCUACAAAUGAAGCUAGAACCUGCCAAGUUUUUUGGAUUAUUACAGCUUCAUUUGUCUCAAAGGUUACUCGAGUAGGUAAGACAGAAGAAGUAGAAAUGACACCUGUCAUGGAAUGGCUUGUGGAAAGAAAUCACUUCAUUGCAUUCCAUAAAUAUUCUUUCUUUUUCAAAUUCAGAAUAAGAAAAUCAUUUCUCAUCUGGAAAAACAAUGUUAAAAGAAGUAAAACAGACAAGAGCAAAUUGACAUUGUACAAGCAACUUUUUUGGGCUGAUAGAUUAUUUCAAAGAUGUUUGUUUCAAAUACGGAACCUUUGUGCAAAUGCGAGUGACCUCCAAAAAGGCAGACUCUUUGAGGAUAAUCCCUCUGCCAUCCUUCUGGUUAAGCUGGACCGAUAUCAUACGUACUCCCUAGAUGAGUUCUGUGAAGAGCAGUUAAAGCAGACUGUCCAAGCACUAAAAGAGCUCGAGGAACUUAAGGCAAAAAUCAUUUCCGUGAUUAAAAGUACAUUUUUACAGGUUGCAGAAAGGAGGGGAAUAAGAAGUUGUUUUGAGCAUGAACCACUUGCAAAUAAGAUAGAACAUGUCAAGGCACCUGCACAUCGUCGUAUGGUAAAGAGAUUUUCAAGAUUUCUUAAAUUAGUUGACCACAUAUUCCAAGAACUCAUCCGACAGCUGGUGCAGACUGCAAUCAAACUAUUUUUGGAUUUACUUAAUAAAUCUAGCAAAGUGGGAUGUUCAGCAGAAAAAACAAAUAAAGACCUCAUAAAAAAUAAGAAAACUAUAUUGGCGACAAAGCAAAACAUAUCGUUUAAAGUGCCAAAAGUUACGGAUGAUAAGGAAGAAAAAUGUGAGUCAGAAACCGAUAUCAAAGUUUCGCAAGAUGAUAUCACAAAGAUGUUCAAGAAUCUCAGUGUGAAAAAAGAAUCAAGGAGGCAAAAUGAGGCAGUAUUUGAAGUACAUAUACACUUGAAAAUUCCUCAAAAAAUAUUUUAUACGGAGGCUGACUCACUUGAGAGUGCUCCAGUGCUUGGGUCCAGUUUUCAACGUAAACUUUUGGAACCUUUGGAUGAAAUGAAAUCAGAUAAGCCAUUCGAUGUUUCCAAGAAAAAGGCAAAUGAGCUGUUUUCCAGAAAUCCCAAAAGGAAGUCUAAAUUACGAUACAGCGCUGAAGAAAAACUUUUUGAAGAAAAAUAUCCAGUGGACCAAGCUGACAACAUAACGAAGUUCAUAGAAGUUCCAGAAUUCCAUGCAAAUCUCUUUCUAACUCCCAACAGACUGGAAUUUUCUAAGAAAAUUCAGGAAGUGAUAAAUAAUUUUGAAAAAAUUCUAACUCGUUUUAUUCCUUUCAGUCAAGAUCAGCGUCUGUUUAUCUUUUUCUUUGAUCCUAUGACUACGCAAGUGCCUAGUGAACAAGAAUUGGAGAGACAGAAAAGGCUGUCAAGAUGGCCAGAUCACUCUACCCUGUUUGAAAUGGAUCCUGCCUACCAAAGCAAUAUUGUGAGCCUUCUGACCAUUAUUGGUAAUUCAAUGGCACGAGUUGAAUGUUAUAGCCACGAAUUUCUUCAGUUUUGUACCAUGGUAGAACAAGCAAAGACAAUGGCAUAUAAAAUAUCAAGACUACAAGAACAGUUAACCUCAAGUGAUUUUAGAAAUAUCUUGGAUGUGUACACAGACUAUUUUAGAGAUGUUGUUUAUAUGCCUGUUGAGAAACGUAUUAAUAUUAUGAAGGUUGUGAGUCUUGAAUAUCAGUCAAGCUGCUUACCAUAUAUUGAAAAUGUCAUUAAAAUGAGCCAUACAUUGUUGGAGUCCAUGAUUCAAGAAAAGAAUACAAGCCUCUUUGCAGUUAUCCAGUCAUCAUUGUUAAAGCUCGACAGUGAGCUCACGGGUGUGGAAGAAUUUGUGGAACACUUGACUUUCUUAGAUUACAUGUCUUCAAAAAUGCCUUCCCUGGAUAGAGAAUAUUAUAUUAUCUCCCAAAUGUAUUCAAUCACAAAACACUACAAUGUCACCAUUUCACCGGAGCAAGUUGCGCUGCUUCAUGUCCUUCUUCUCAAAUAUAAUCAACUUAAAACAGCUUUUAAAUUUCAUGAGUCAAAUAAGGAUAACGCUAUUAUUAAAUUCAAGUCAAAUUUGGAUGAGUAUAUGCUCACUUUGCAAAAUGAAGUUAGAGAUCUGAGGGGCAAGGUAAGAAACCCUGUUCUUAUACAUCCUGCAACUCGGCCAAUGACUGCGUUGGAAAUUAUUGAGACCCUCUCAGAAGAAGCUUCAGUUUUAUCCAACAAAGCUCAGACUUACUCAAAUUAUCAGGAUCGUUUUGAGACUUCUACUGCAAUGAGAACUGUAACUUUAGAACGGAAUAUUGCACACAGUGUGAUGUCAGAUAUCUCAGAAAUUGAAUGUGACUUAACUUUGAGGAAAAUAUUAUGGGAAGCACAAGUGGAAUGGGCAAAUCUGUCUUAUGUGUGGAAGAAUAGCAUUUUUGCCAAUAUUAAUGUCGAUUUCAUCCAGAAGAGUGUUGCAAGAUGGAUGCAUAUGAUUUAUAUGCUAGAUAAAGGCUUACCAAAAAAUUCUAUGGUAAAAACUCUUAAACAAUCAGUAUUGGAUUUUAGACAAGGCUUGCCUACUAUCGUAGCUUUGGUAAAUCCUUGUCUUAAAACUCGGCAUUGGGAUGCAAUACAGGCAAUUAUUGGGCAGGCAUUUAUUUUGGAUAGACAGAGCACAGUACAACAACUUCUGGAGCUUGAGUUGUAUCGCUAUGAAGAAAAAAUCAUUGAAGUAUCAACAACAGCAACGAAUGAAGCUGCUCUGGAAAAAAUGCUGUAUAAGAUUAUUGAGCUGUGGAGCAAUACUCCUUUACGUUUGACACCCCAUCAGACAGAGCAUUCCACGGUCCUUAUCAUUUCAUCCAUGGAUGAUAUAUUAGCUCAGUUAGAGGAGUCUCAAGUUAUAAUUGCAACAAUUAAAGGAUCUCCCUAUCUCGGGACAAUGAAGCCUCUUGCAGAUGAUUGGGACCAGAAGUUGGAUCUCUUUUCUCACACUUUGGAUGACUGGAUGACAUGUCAAAGAAACUGGCUUUAUCUUGAACCCAUUUUUCUUGCUCCUGAAAUACAAAGGCAGCUUUCAACAGAAGCAAUGCUUUUUGCUGACGUGACUAAUAUAUGGAAAGAAAUAACAUCAAGAGUAGAAAAUAAACCUGAGUCUUUGAAAGUAGUCAUAUCUGUAGGAGUCCUUGAAAUGUUGCAGGCAAGCAGUUUGCACCUUGAAAAAAUAAAGAGAAGUCUUGAGGAAUAUCUUGAAGUGAAGAGAGUGAUUUUCCCAAGAUUUUACUUUCUCAGUAAUGCUGAGCUCAUUGACAUUCUGGCUGAAAGCAAAAAUCCUGAGGCUAUCCAGCCUCAUCUUAUGAAAUGUUUUGAGAACAUAAGACAGUUGUUUAUAUGGAAAAAAGAAAUAGGCCCUUCUCUGGUGACAUUGCUUAUAUCAGCGGAAGGCGAAACACUUCUUCUGCCAAAGAAAGUUCGUAUAAGAACUGCUGUAGAGCAAUGGCUGGUAAAUGUGGAGAAGAGCAUGUUUGACACGGUAAAGAUGUUUAUAAACAAAGGAAUUGAUGAAUGGGACCAGGAAAAUUUUGGAGAAUGGAUACAGACUCAUCCAGGACAAGUGGUACUUGUUGUGAGCCAAAUAAUGUUUAAUAUGAGCUGCACUGAAAGUUUUAAGAGUUCUGAGCCACACUUGAAAUUAAAAGAAGUCCUUGAGAAACUGAUAGGCUUCUUGGGACAGCUUGCAGACCUAGUGGUGUGUGACACUCUUCAUUUUCGAAUAAAAAUUACCCUAGAGGCAUUGCUUACCAUUUAUGUUCACUGCAGGGAUAUAUUGACCUAUUUGCUAAGCCAAAAUAUCUUUAAAGAAGAUAAUUUUGAAUGGACAAGGCAACUGCGUUAUAAAUGGGAUGAAAACCAGAAGACAUGCUAUGUAUUUCAAGGACACGCAACCUUUGUUUAUGGCUUUGAGUACUUGGGCUGCACCUCUAGAUUGGUUAUCACACCUCUUACAGAUCGAUGCAGGCUAACCCUCACUAGUGCACUCCACUUGAAUCUUGGAGGCUGUCCUGCUGGUCCAGCAGGGACAGGGAAAACAGAGACUGUUAAAGACCUGGCAAAAGCCUUGGGCAAACAUUGUGUGGUCUUCAACUGUUUUGAAGAUUUGGAUUAUAAGAUGAUGGGAAAAUUCUUCUUUGGUAUAGUUCAAUCUGGAGCAUGGUGUUGUUUUGAUGAAUUCAAUCGAAUUGAUAUGGAAGUACUCUCUGUGAUUGCCUCACAGAUGCAAACAAUUAAGGCAGCUAAAGAUAAUCAUUCUAACAGGUUUUUACUAGAAGGAAGAGAUAUCCGAAUCAACCUGUCCUGUGCCAUCUUUGUCACCUUGAAUCCUGGAUACAAAGGACGUGUGGAACUCCCAGAUAACUUAAAGUCUCUGUUUCGGCCAGUGGUGAUGAUGGUACCCCACUAUCAACUGAUUGCUGAAAUAAUGCUGUUUGCAGCAGGUUUCAAAUCUGCAAAACCACUGUCAGCCAAACUCAUUAACCUUUAUGAACUAGCUGUCAAGCAACUUUCACACCAGGAUCAUUAUGACUUUGGCAUGAGAGCUAUAAAGACCGUGCUAAUCAUGGCUGGCCGAAAGAAACGGGAGUACAGAAUGAACACCAAUAAAGAGCUUUCUGAAAAUGAAGAAAUUCUGGUCAUUAUAUGGGCAGUGAGAGAAUCCAGUUUACCCAAGUUUCUUCCCGAAGAUGUUCCACUUUUUGAAAGCAUUCUGGGAGAUAUAUUCCCCAAAGUUACAGUUCCGAUGGUGAAGCAGCCUAAGUUGGAGAAAGCAGUAGACAUGGCGACACAACAGCUGGCCUUACAGCCUUGGCCAUCUCAGAAAAAGAAAGUUAUAGAGUUUUACAAUCAAAUCCAGGCUUGUAUUGGUGUGAUGUUAGUAGGCGCAACAGGAGGAGGGAAGACUACAAUAAGAAAAAUUUUAGAAAAAGCUUUAAUUGUUUUGCCAACUUUAAGCACAUCUACACCUGAAAAACAGGAAGAGACUUCACAGGUUGCAGGAAAAAGAGGGAAAAUAGAGAUUUUCACUUUAAAUCCAAAAUGCAUUACUCUUGGUGAACUCUAUGGCCAAAUGGAUCUGAACAAUAUGGAAUGGUCUGAUGGAUUAUUGUCAUCAUCAGUGAGAAAAUUUGUACAUUAUGGCACUAAAAAGAAAGCAAAGAAGAAUAUAGAGACUGGAGAAAAUUUACGCCUUUCAAAUUUCUCUGAAAUUUUCAUACUUGAUCCUAGUGACAAAGAAGAGUUUAUUCAAGAUAAAGAUGAGGAUGAGGAUGAAACAGAGAAAGAUGUUCAGUCUCCAGAAGACAAUCACCAUAUGACAAUUACAGAUUGGCAGUGGAUAGUGUUUGAUGGUCCAGUUGACACCAUAUGGAUAGAAAAUCUAAACACUGUGCUAGAUGACAACAAAACGUUGUGCCUUGCUAACAGCGAGAGAAUCAUUUUAACUGAUAGCAUAAGGAUGAUUUUUGAAGUGGAUAAUCUCUCUCAGGCCAGCCCUGCUACUAUCACUCGAUGUGCAAUGGUCUAUGUGGAUCCUGUUGAUCUAGGAUGGAAGCCGUAUGUUAAGACAUGGCUUGUAAAAGUUUCAAAACUUCUUCCACAAAAUGGCAUCGAAAAUCUUGACCGAAUGUUUAAAAAAAGUGUGGAAGAAGGCCUACUCUUUUUAAGGAAGCAUGGUAGCAUACAGCCAUUUCCUGUACAUGAAAUACCAAUUUUAACAAAUCUCUGCAGGAUUCUUGAUGCUUUUUUUAGUUUCAUGGAAAUGAAGGCAGGGAGUCCUGCCCAUGAAAGCAUGGCAGUCAAGGAACCUAGUAUCAUCCCUGCUAUUGAACCGCCUCAAAAGAAAAUAGCAAGCCUGAUAAGUAAAUAUGCUACGGCCUUCAGACGUCCAAAGCCUACUAAAGUAAGAGAUGGUCAAGAUGAAGAAAAUGAGAACACAAAGUGGUUUCUUCAGAGAAAUCCUGAAAAAUUAUGCUUAAUGCUCGAUAAGAUUUUUGUGUUUGCAUUUACUUGGGCAUUUGGAGGAAUUUUGAAACGUGAAGAUGAACAUGAAGAUGAUAUCCUGUUUGGCCCAGGGCAUGGAUUUGCAACUCUCCGGAAAAUAACCUAUGACUUUGACAACCUCAUUCAUGAAUUGUUUGAAGGAGAUCCACCAUACGGCAUCCGCUUGCCAUCAGGAGAACGUUCUAUCUUUGGUUAUUUUGUGGACUUACAGAAUUGUGAUUUCAUACCUUGGUCAAACUUAAUUCCUUCUUCAGACAGUUUAAUUGCAGGAAAUUCACUCAGGUCUGGUUCUCAAACAACCCUGGGUAGCAUCAUCAAGUAUAACGACAAUAUAGAGUUUAAUCAUCAUUUUGCUACUAGAGAUACAAUAUCUCUCUCCUUUUUCAUGAGUCUCUUUAUAAAGAACAAAUAUCCUAUACUAAUUGCAGGAGAGUCUGGUGUUGGGAAGACUGCUGUCAUUAACCAAAUGCUUGAGAAACUUCAGGGCCCAGGGGGAUUAGAGAUAAAACUUGGAACUAUUUUAGGAAAUGUUUUAUUGUAUAAGAGAAUUAAAAAAUCCAGCAGCCUGCAAGAUAAUCUCAACUUGUUAAUUACAGACAACUUUAAGUCACCGCCUAAAGAUUUAGGUAUGUGUGGACAUUGCGCUUCCUUUGGACAAAAGUAUUAUUGGCCUAAAGAGGAAGAACGUGAAGAAAGUCAAACUAAACCGGACAAAUCCAUUAUUGUGUCCACAAUAAAAUUUAGUGCCAAUACAACUGCUAGCAAAACUCAGGAGCUGAUUCUUAAGAAAUUAAUACGAAAAAGUAAAGACAUUCAUGGAGCUCCAAAAAACAGCCAGGUGAUAAUAUUUAUUGAUGAUCUGAAUUCACCAGUGCCAGAGGAAUAUGGGGCACAGCCACCCCUGGAAUUGGUCAGACAAUUAUUAGAUUUAGAAGGGUUUUAUAAUACCGAACAACUUACAUGGAAGAAUAUUCAAGAUAUCUCUCUGGUUGCAGCUUGUGGCAUUCCACUUGGUGGAAAAAGUGAUAUCAGUUCACGUCUCCUCAAACAUUUUUGCAUACUAGUAAUGCCUCAUCCUCCACAACAUGCCUUAUUUACUAUUCUUCAGGCUCAUCUGGGAACACACUUACACAACAAUUCCUUCCUCUCUGAUGUUCAGAAAUGCAGGCCCCAGUUGGCAGCAGUGUCCCUCUCUAUAUACUAUCAUGUAUGUCACCAUCUGUUACCGACCCCAGCUAAGUGUCACUACAUGUUUAGUCUUCGGGAUCUAUUUAAGCUACUCCAUGGAUUAUUACAAGCUAACAAGUCAGUUGUUGUGUCUAAAGAAACCACUGCCCUGUUCUUUGUACAUGAAGCAACCCGAGUAUUUCAUGAUCGCUUAGUUGAUACUGAGGAAAGAAAAUAUUUUUUCCAGCUUCUUUCAAAUGAGCUAGAACUCUAUUUUGAGAUUGUAUGGCCUAGAGACAAAAUAAUGGAUGACUUACCUUUGUAUGUGGAUUUUUUGGACGUAAACAAACCUCAUAGAAGAAGGAUCUAUCAGAACUGUAAUAACCAGAAAAAACUUGCAGAUAUACUUUCUGAAUUCCAGCUGUCAUUGGGCUCAGCUGGUUUGGAGCUUUCCAAUUCAAUGGUGUUGUUCAAGGAAGCCACGGAACAUGUUUGCAGAGCUGCAAGAAUCCUUCGACAGCCAGGGAGCCACAUGUUCCUGAUUGGAAUAGAAGGAUGUGGAAAAGAAACAUGUGCCACCCUUGGCUGUUAUUUGGGAGAUUGCAAGCUCUACAGAUUAUCCACGGCUCGUACUUAUGGCCACCUGGAAUUCAGAGAAGACUUAAAACAAGUCUUUCUACAAACAGGACUAGAAGGAAAACCCACUGUUUUGCUUAUUCUUGAUACACAUCUAACUCAGGAAUCUGUUUUAGAAGAUUUGAACUCCAUUCUCAAUUCGGGAUCUAUGCCUGAUGUAUUUGAAAAUGAAGAGUUGGAUAAUAUAGCAUCAGGCCUCAGAAACCUUGCUGAAGACGCCUGUGGUAGUGACAGCCGACAAGCUUUGCUUCUAUUCUUCCAAAAGAGAAUUGCAAGGAAUCUUCAUAUUUUUAUGACUGUGAGUCCUGCAGGGCCCAAUUUCCGCCGAAAUUGUCGAGCAUACCCAGCCUUGAUUACUUGCAGCACAGUUGACUGGUAUGAGAGGUGGCCGGAAGAAGCUCUUUUUACUGUAGCAGUGACUCAUUUAAAGCAAAAACAUGGCCUGGACACCAAAGAGGAUUUAAUACCAGUACUUGCCCAAACGUGUGUUCAGUUCCACCGUAGUAUUGCUGAUAUGAAUAUCAAAUUUUAUAAGGAAACUAAAAGACAUUAUUAUAUCACUCCAAGUAGCUAUCUGCACUUCAUAGAUACCUUUACACACAUCUUGAAAUCAAGGGAAAGGAAAAUGAUGAUCAAAAGGGAACGUUUUAAUAACGGCCUCUCAAAGAUUCUGGAAGCAUCAAUGCUAGUUUCGAAAAUGCACGAAGAGCUUCUCGUCCUCGGUCCUCAAAUAGAACAAAAAACUAAGGAAACAGAGAUCCUCAUGGAAAAAUUACGGAAAGAUUCAGAUGUUGUGCAGCAAGUACAGAUCCUUGUAAAAGGGGAUGAAGAACUGAUGGCUCAGGAAAUACAAAUUGUAGAAGAGUAUGCUGAGAAAACACAAGAAGAGCUAAGUAACGUGAUACCGGCUUUUGAAGAGGCAAUUGUGGCUCUGAAUGCCCUGGAUAAAAGUGAUAUAUCUGAAUUAAGAGUGUACACGCAUCCACCCUAUCUCGUCCUGACUGUCAUGAAUGCAGUCUGUGUCCUUCUGGAAAAGAAACCUAGCUGGGCAGUCGCAAAACUACUCCUUGCAGAUCCUGGAUUCCUCAAAAAAUUGACUAACCUGGAUAAGGAUAGGAUACCUGAAAAGGCAUUUGCAAGACUGAGAAGAUAUUUAAGUUUACCUGAUUUCAACCCAAGAAAGAUUUCUCAAGUGUCUGUUGCCUGUUGCUCCAUGUGCCAGUGGGUGAUAGCUUUAAAUAACUACCAUGAAGUACGGAAGAUGUUGCAACCAAAGCAACGCCAAGUAGCAGAGGCUCAAAGAGUACUCCAGCUUGGUCGAGAAAAGCUGGCAGAAAAACAAAAGGGUUUAGAAAUGAUCGAAGAUCAUCUUCAAGCUUUACAGCUUGCGUACAAUGAGACUGUUGCUGAAAAAGAAUACUUAGCAGAUCGGAGACAACUGACCACGAAACGUUUACAUAGCGCCACCAUCUUACUAACAGCUCUAGAAGAUGAGAGGAAUCGAUGGGAAGAAACAGUGAACUCACUAGACCAACGGUUGGAAGGAAUUAUGGGUGAUAUACUUAUUUCAGCAGCAUGCAUCGUCUACAGUGGAGUGUUCCCAACUGAAUACCGCCAGUUAAUUGUAAACGAAUGGGAAAAGCUCUGUACAGAAAAUAACAUUUGUAAAUCUGCCAACUUUUCUUUAAUUGACGUCAUGGGAAACCAGCAUGAGAUGCGCCAGUGGCAUAAUCAAGGUUUGCCCCUUGGUCAGUAUUCAACAGAAAAUGCCAUCUUGGUUAAGAAUGGACUAAUGUGGCCUCUGCUAAUUGAUCCGCAUAAACAAGCCUACAAUUGGCUGCGUCAGAUGGAAGGUGGCAGACUGCAGGAGCUUAAUGUUGGUGAAACUAAUUAUGUUAAAGUAAUUGAAAAUGCUAUGAAAACUGGAGGAUGUGUUCUUUUAAAGAAUCUUCCUGAAACAUUAGAUCCAAGUUUAAAAUCCAUCUUAAAAAAGGAGAUCUAUCAGAAAAGAGGACAAUUUUUUGUCAAGAUAGACGAAAACGAGAUUGAAUACAACAACAACUUCAGGUUAUAUGUAACGACAGAACUAGGCAACCCACAUUUUCUUCCAUCAGUUUAUAAUUACGUUACCAUGAUCAACUUCACAACAACAUUCCAAGGUUUGCAGGACCAGCUCUUGUCCACUGUUGUGGUUCAUGAAGUCCCUCACCUAGAGGACCAGCGCUAUGAGUUGUUAGAGAACAUUUCUGCUGACCUUUUAACCCUCCGAGAACUAGAGGAAAAAUCAUUGAGUUUAUUGCAAAAAUCACAAGGAUGUAUAUUAGAUGAUGAAGCUAUUAUAGAAAAUUUAAAAAAAUCCAAAAUGACAUCCACAGAAGUUUCGGAACGCAUCAAGGCAGCCGAAAAAACUGAAAGUGAAUUUCAAAUGACCCGUAAAAACUAUCUUCCCAUUGCAACGCGGGGUGCCUUGCUGUAUUUUUUAGUGGCAGAUCUGGCGCAGAUCAACUAUAUGUACCAGUUUUCUCUGGACUGGUUCCGGGAGAUGUUUGUGAUGUCUGUAACCUACAAAUGUGAUCAUCUUCAAGAAACAUCUCAGUUUGCUUCCGUUUUAAGAAAAGUGGAGGUAUUUCAGAAACUGCAGAAGUACAAAAACAAUAAGCCAGACCCUCUGAAGGACAGAGAUGGCUUUAAUAAUUAUAUUGCAGAUUUAGUCGAGGUAUUAACAGAAAGCAUUUAUAAGGUCGUUUCUUCAGCACUGUUUAACGAAAACAAACUUUGCUUCUCCUUCCGGCUUUGCACCUUAAUCCUGCAAAAUAAUUGUGAUGGAUCUCAAAUCCUAAAUAGUACAGAAUGUUUACCCGAGGAAGAAUGGAACAUCUUUUUGUACUCUAGCCUGUUGAUAAAUAUUGAAGACAAAUUACCCCAGAUUAAAAACGAAGGUGGCAGCCGCUUGUUAGUCACCAUCAAAAUGUUAACGAUUCUCCUGGCCGAAAAGUCAGAAAUUCCUUGGGAAGCAAUAUAUUAUUUGACAGGAGAAAUCAUUUAUGGAGGCCGAGUGACAGAUUACUGGGAUAGGCUCUGCUUACUAUCUCUCCUAAAAAAAUUUUGUAAUCCUGACGUUUUGAAGAAGGACUUCAGUUUUACCGAUGAUGGGAUGUAUCCAAUGCCACCUGGCUCUGUGACCCUAACAGAAUGUAUGGACUACAUAGAAGCCCUCCCAGAUACUGAGCUCCCCGAGGUCCUCGGAAUGCACCAGCAGACUUCAAGGAUUUAUCAGGAAUCCCAGGCUCAAGAGCUUGUUGAUACUAUCAUUGUCAUACAACCAAGAAUUGCUAUUGCCAACAUAAUCACUGGGAGUGGAAAGAGCCAAGAUGAGCUGGUGCUGGAACUGUCGUCUGAAAUGCUCAAGCGAUUGCCUCUGACUGUAGAGAAGGAACCAAUGGUUGCUGAAACCAAAGAAACCAUUCCAACUACACUAUUAACCAUCAUCUCAAGUUCCAUUUGGGUUAAACUUAAUAAAAAUGUUAAAGAUUAUGACCCGCUCCUCCAUUCAGCCUUGUUGACAUUCCUUUGUCAAGAAAUUGGUCGAUUUAAUAAAUUACUAUCCCUAAUCCACCAGUCUCUGAGAGAACUCCAGGGUGCUGUCAGAGGUGAAACCACCAUCAAUCAGAGGCUGGAAGUGAUCUAUGAUUGUCUCAUUAAUAACAAAGUACCUGACUUAUGGCAGCGAGCUUCUUAUGAUACCGGAAAGGUGUUGUCUGCCUGGGUCACCUUUCUCCUCCAACGACUUGCAUUUAUCAACAACUGGGCAAAAGUGGCCUACAACGCUAUACAUUUUCGGUAUAUUAAAAUGACUACAGUUUGGAAGCAUUACUUUCCAACUCAGAAUAAAGACUUUGAAGAGAAAGCAGAGGGAAAAGAGGCAGAUCCCGCUAACUCCUUUCCUACCCGGUUCUGGCUUCCAACUUUCUUCUUCCCACAAGGUUUCUUUACGGCUGUGCUGCAGAAUUUUGCAAGAUCCAAAAAAAUCUCUGUGGACUCUGUCAGUUUUAGCCAUCAUGUAAUCAGUGAUCCCCAGGAUGAAACACUCUCUAGAAGUCUGGCAUUUAGAGAGUACAUGCUGAAGAAAGCAUUUAAGGACAUUAAACGUAACCAAGUUGGAGUUAUCAUUUUUGGUUUAUAUAUGGAAGGAGCAAAAUGGAACCUAGAAGAAAAACGUUUGGAUGACCCACUGACUCGAGAGAGAUAUUCUGAUUUUCCAGAAAUACAUUUUUUGCCCCAAAAGAUUUCCACUACAGUUAAGGCUUUAAAGGAUGUCAUCAAAACCCAGAAGUUUUAUGAAUGUCCAGUCUACCGGACUCCUCGGAGGACAGAAUCAGUGGCCUCUCCUAGCAUGUUUACCAACUUCAUAACGUCAGUGUUUUUGCAAACACAGAAGCCUCCCCCUCACUGGAUUAUAAGACGGGUGGUAUUGCUCUGUGAACUCAAUGAAUGA